UGAUGGUGCAUGCCUGCAGUCCCAGCACUUAGAGGCAGGAGGAUUGCAUUGAAUUUGAGCCCAUCUUGGACUACUGAGUGAGAGGCUAUCUCAAAAUAAUAACAACAAAAACAACAAUAGAAAACAUUCUGCUCUUUCCCCUUAACUUUCUUUUGAUGAACUUCAGAGGAAAAACUACUCACAAACUUUGUUUAUUAUACAAACACCCACAUUAUUAGAUUUUAUUUUUAUAUCUGUUUGUUUUAAGGUUCGUUUAUAUUUUCUUUUUCUAAAAAAUUCUAUUUAUUAAUGUACGUUUGUGUUUUGCUUGCAUGUAUGUCUAUGUGAACUGGAGUUACAGACAGUUGUGAACUGCCAUGUGGGUGCUUGUAAUUGAACCUGGGUCCUCUGGAAGAGCAGCCAGUGUUCUUAACUGCUGAGCCAUCUCUCCAGACCCUAUUUAUAUUUUCUUAUGUGUAUGUGUGAGUGCCUGUGUGUUUGUAUGUGCGCCAUGUGCCUGCAGUACCUGUAGAGGCCAGAAGAGGGUGUCAGAUUCUCUGGAUCUGCACUGAUAGGCAGUUGUGAGCCUCCUGGCUGAGAGUGUUGAGAGCCGAACCAUCGUCCAUUGCAAGAGCAGUAAGUGCUCUUAACUGCUGAGCCAACUCUCCAGCUCCACAUUUAUUUACUUAUUUAUCACAUCUAUUUACUUAUUUAUCUGUGUGUGUGUGUGUGUGUGUGUGUACCACAGAGAGUGUUUGGAGGUCAGAGGACAACUUCUCAGAAUCAAUUUCUCCUUCCACCAUGUGGAUUGUAGGGACUGGGCUCAGGUUAUUGGCCUCGGUGGGGAAAACCUCCACCUUGUUGAGUGCUACCUUGUUGGCCCUCGAUUGAUUGAUUGAUUGAUUGUCCUAUUGUUUAGUCCUGGCUGGCCCUAAAUCUAUUAUGUAGCCCAAGUUGGUUUUAAAUUCAUAACAAUCCUCCUGCAUCAACUUCUCAAGUGCUGAGAUCACGGACAGGUGCCACUAUGUCAAGCUUGAUCAUAUUUCAGUGAUUAUGUAAAUAUUGAGGAGCCAGGUGCUAUUCUUUUGUUUGCUUGUUGUUUUGAGCCAGAGUCUCUUUACAUAGACCUGGCUGGCCUGGAACUCACUAUGUAGACCAGGCUGGCUUUGAACUCACAGAGAUCUGCCUGCCUCUGCCUGCCGAGUAUUGGGAUUAAAGGUGUGCACCACUAUGCCUGGCCUUAGUAGAUGUUAAUUUUUUUAUUUUUACAAGUCAAAGGUGAAUUUUGAGAUGUGCCUGACUGUACGAUGCAUUCCAAUUUUAAGGGUGUUAAAACUGCAUCUUUGAGCCAGGCUUGGUAAUCCUGGCACUUAGGCAGAGGCAGGAAGAUCACUUUGAGUUCAAGGCCAUCCUGAUACGCAUAGUGAGUUCUAGGUAGGCCAAAAUUACGUGGUAGACCCUGUCUCGACACCAAAAUCUAAGAGAAAUCUGCAUUCUAAAAUGGCACAAAGUGUGUUAUAUUCCAUUGUUGAGAUACUUUUUUUGGCUACUGGAACCAAAUUUCAAAAUGCAACAAUGGUGGUUUAAAUCAUAAACACUUGCUGGACUAGCCGGCGCACUCCUGAAUACCAGGACUAAGUAUGCUGAGGCAGAAGGAUCUCCAGAAUGUCAAAGUGAGUCUGCUCUACCUAGUGAGUUCCAGACCAAUAUUGAAAUCGUAUUUAAACACAAACAAAGAAACAACCACAAACAGAACAAAACAAAAUCCAGGUCAGUAAGCUGGCUCAGCAGGUAAAUGCGCUUGGUGCCAAGCCUGCGGACCUGAGUUGGUUGAUGAUUGGAACCCACAUGGUGGAAAGAGAGAGCUGACUCCCUUAGGUUUUUUUCCUGACCUCUACACGUAUUCUACGGCACUCAUGUUCCCCCUUCCUAACUACACAAAUAAAGAAAUAAAUGUGAAAAGAAACAAACACAAACAAACCCUCAGACCAAAACCACAAAGUCAAGGCUGGAGCCAUAGCUCAGUAGAGUAUCCAUUUAGCAUAAAGCCCUGGGUUCCAUCCUAGCCUGACAUAAACCAGGCAUUGCCUGUCAUCCCUGGAGAUCAGAAGUAUAAGAUGAUCCUAAGGUACAUAUCAAAGUUAGCCCAGCCUGAGCUUAUGUGAGAUCCUUUCUCAAGAAACAGCAACCAGAAAAUGCCAAACACACCUCCAAAAGCCCCAUUAAGAGUUCAUCUUGGGAGCUGGAUAUGGUGGUGCACACCAUUGAUCCUAGAACUUAGGAGGCAGAGGCAGGUGGAUCUUUGUGAGUUCCAGGUCAGACAGGUCUACAGAGUAAAUUCAGGCCAGUCAGACCUACAUAGGGAAGCUCAGUCUCAAAAAAAUUAAAAAAUCAAGAGUUCAGCCUGGGUUCUGUUAUAGAAAAGGAGGAAUACAUAUCCUUUGCUACCUACUUACUGUGUGCCUGCUGCAUGUUUCAGACAUAUCCCCUCCUGUUGGAUAUCUAGAUUAUUUCAACUCUCAUAGCAUUUAUCACAUUUGAUCUGGGUGUGUGAUCCACUCCAAGAAGGUCAGGCCAGCCUGAAUCCAGACCAGCUGAGGAGUGAUCAGUUGGCCACCAAGCUCUUCUCCGAGUCCUAGACUCCUUAGACUCUGCCUAAGUUCUUCUGAAAACUACAUUGUUCUCUUCUAUAAAGGAUGAGAAAGGAGUUACCAUUUCUGGUCCCAUUAAUGCACACAUCUGUUCAUGCACACAUUCAUCCAUUCAUGAGCUCAUUCAUGCGCUCAUUCAUUUAUGUAUCCACUCAUGCAUUUGUUUCCAUUAAUUCAUGUGUCCACUUACGCAUUCGCUCAUGUGUGCGUUCAUGGAUGCAUACAUCCAUUCAUACAUUCAUUUAUUUACUCCUUUUAUUUAACAAGCACCACAGCCUCUCUGCUAAGUGAUGGGAGUACACCCGAGAACAAAAUAGAUAUGUUUCCCACACUCAUGAAACACUGUUUCAGAGGAUUGGUGAGGGGAAAAACAAUUAGCAAGUAAUUCAUUGUAAAUCUGUGAUUUGCCAGUGAAGGAGAUGUACCUCACACCAUGGAAACAUCUAACAGAUUGACUGAGCAGGAACAGAGAGUUCUGGGGACUGAGUAUGGGCUGAGCUCAGGGAAGGAGAUGGAAAGAAGAGAAAUUGAAGGGUAGGUGGUUGUGGAAGGCCAGGAAAAAGUGAGCAAUGAAGGCUGGGGCAGUGGCUCACUCAGGAGAGCGCAGGCAGGGCUUGUCAGAGCCCCAGGUUCCAUCCCCAGCACCACAUAAACCCAAAAUGUUGGUGCACACCUGCUAUCCUAGUACUUGGGUGGUAGAGGAAGAAGGAUCAGGAGUUCAGGGUGGUCCUUGGCUCUCUAGUGAGUUAGAAGCCAGCUUGGGCAACACGAAACCUUGUCUCAAAACAAAAGCAAAACCCAAAUCCAAACCCAUGAAAUUGUCCCAAGGAGAGGCAUACUGCAUUGAGGCCCCUGGGUCAGGCAGGUCUUAGAGGUAGGAGAAGCCCCGUGGAGACACACAAGGAACAGGGGAGCGGACUUGAGAUGGGACUUGGUGAAUGUGUGGUGGUCCGGCAUUGAGUUGGGGUAAGCAGUGGGGCAGUAAUGCAUCCAAAAAGGCCAGUGUGAAUGGAAGGAGUUGAAGUGGUGUUGGAGGUGAACUGGGAACAGCUUCCACAGGAGGUGGUGGGAGGUGGGAGGCAGAAGUGAAAGUGAGGAUGAGGCUAGAGGUUGGUAUGCAGCGAGGUAGUGGAGGAAGAUCCAGGUCCCCAGAACUUUCUCCCUCCCCAGGUGACCUGUUCUGUUCCUGGGAGGAGGACCGAAAGGUGGUCCUGCGUGGCUGGUCCCUCGUCUUCAUCUCCCUGGCAACCUUGUUGGUGUUCAGCGUGGUGGAUGGGCAGAUGGCCUAUGUGCACGGUCCUUACACUGGCUUCAUCGGCCUCUGGAUUGACUGCAGGAGGCACAAGUGUGCCAACACAGGCCAAGUCACUGUUUACAUUCACAUGAGCAAGGGCUUCAUGUUUCUGGCCCUGGCACUGUGCCUCAUUCUCCUGCCCACCAUGUUCCUCUCCUUCCGGCCAGUCUGCCGCCGCUUGAACAAGAUUGACUACAUCUUCAGUUUCCUCAGCAUUGGCGUCGGGCUCCUGAUUCUCCUCAGCCUGAUGCUCUUUGUCAUCAACUGCAAUAGGCUGCGUCUGAGGCCACAGGUGUCCUACCUGCUGGUCUUCUACCUGUGCUGGUGUGCCAGUGUCUUGAUGCUGUGGGCCGGAACUCUAUCCUUCCUCAACCAAGUGCGGAGGGGGAGCUACAGUACGCCUAUCAUGGAGCGGAGGGUCAGCUACUUCCGUUGGGCCUUGAGACACCAAUCCCAGCAGCAGUCCAAUUUGGACCAGAGCUUGGAGUCCAUCCAGAACCAGUCUGCUGCAACUUCUCAGGACACUGGGAAGUCCCGGCAGCCAGAUGCCUCCACCUCUGUCCCUGUGACUCCGUCACCAUCAGACCUCCCUUGAGGUUCCAUGCUUCCCAUGAGAGCAGGCAGCACCCUCGGGAGGCAGGCGGCAAGCCCCGCUCCCCUGCGCAAGGACCCACCCCUUGAGGGCUGAGUCUUGGCAAGGAAACCACUCUGGAAGUCCUCCAAUACUUCUGGCUGUGGCUAUGUCCCUCUGAGCAGGCACUGGUCCAUGGUCCCAAGCAGCCAGAGCGGGGUGGGAUGAUCGCCCCACAGGCCACGCCCCUAAGCUGCUCUCCAACCUUUGGUCCAGCCCCACCCAAGGAAUCCCCUCCAGGGGCCCCAGGCGGACACUCUGCAGCCCAGCCUUGGGGACAGUCCCCACCCCUCUGUGGACAGACCCCUCCCAGAAAGUCAAGGCUUGAUAUAACAUCCCGCCUUCUUCCUGGCUUCCCCGACUCAAUAAAACCAGGUCGGCAGUCCAAAAUUC